CAAGCAGCCACCCACCACACCUCCAUCAGGGAACUUGCUAUGCCGAUGACCGUUCAAUACAAAUUAAAGUUUCCGGAAGCCAGCUCAACGUUUCAGUCGCACCUUCAUCCAUCGCCAUAAUCAUGCAUCAUAGGCUUACUUUUCAAACAACCUACCCAUGGACCAAAGCACCAGUGAUAGCACAAGCUCCCAUGUUGAACAUCGCUGGCCCCGAGCUAGCCACAGCUGUGUCCGCAGCUGGAGGAAUAGGGUUUAUUGCUGGUGGAAAUGACGUGUCAAACCUAGAAAGCAAGUUCCAGAAGGCCGAACAGCUCGUGAAAGAGUAUAAGGCAGCGGGAGGCUCUCUCGACCAGAACCGCCUCCAGCUAUAUGAGGGCCCGAACUUACCGGUUGGUGUCGGGUUCCUAAGCUGGGGAGCUGAUAUCAAGGUGGCUUUGCCACUCAUCGUGCGAUACCGUCCAUGUGCUGUGUGGCUGUUUGCGCCAUCUAACAGUGCUGCAGAUCAGGUUCCUUGGGUGGAGGGGAUCCGGGCCCAAACUGGCGGGGGUGUGGCUAUUUGGGUGCAGGUGGGAAGUGUCGAGGAUGCGCUUGAUGCUGUAGCUAAGCUACAUCCUGAUGUGCUUGUCGUGCAGGGCAGUGAUGGCGGGGGUCACGGAUUGCAACAUUCUGCUAGUAUUGUGUCUUUGGUUCCAGAAGUCAUUGACCAGCUGAGUGCGGAAACUUCGGUCAUACCGAACGGUCCGAUAAAACCAAAAAUCGUUGCAGCAGGUGGCCUGGUAGAUGGUCGAGGGGUGGCAGCCGCUCUUACCUUAGGCGCUGAAGGGGUAGUGAUGGGAACUCGUUUCCUAGCCUCGCUCGAAGUCUCCAUACCAAAGGGAUACCAACAAGCCAUUCUCGAUGCUAGUGACGGCGGGGUUCAUACGAUUCGCUCGGCUGUUUAUGACCGGGUACGAGGGUUACUCCGCUGGCCGCCUAAAUAUUCUCCUCGAGGGAUUGUGAACGAAACGCACAGAGACUUUGUGACAGGUAAGGUGACUGAGCAGGAAAAUUACGAUCUGUACCAAGAUGCUCUGAAGAAGGGUAACCCAGGUUAUGGACCUAAUGGGCGACUAGCUACGUUUGCGGGCACUGCGGUUGGCUUGAUAUACUGGCAAGGUUAUAGAGAGUACUAUUACAUACUCACUUCAGAGGGAUAAUAUCAUCUUUGUGCUGUCGAAAAUGAGCAAAACACUACAUGUAAUGCCGAUUAUGUUUUCUGCGACUCUCUUAUGACCAGUCUGGUCUGUCAUUGGCUUCGUUUUGAAGAUACAGAUUGGACCCACCAGUCCACGAUUGAGAUGAAAAUUACUGAUUGCUGUUGCCGCAUGAGGAAGACCUACCCUGAAUAAAGCUAGGUGGGGCUGAGAGCGUGAAUAGGGGUCUACAGGAGUCUGCCACGGUGUAUAUCACCUCUAAUGUACACUUUGUGAAUUUGUAUCCCAGAAAGGGUAGA